AUGAGCGGACGCCCCAGUACCGGCGCUCGCUUCAUCAGGGCCAUCGUCAAGAACGAUGCCGUCAAGCAGGAUCCCCCGGAGAUCUACGGCUGGCGUGCCUUUGCCAUGGCUGGCUCCGCUUGUUUUGGAGGCAUGCUUUUCGGUUUCGAUAUUGGUACUAUUGGAGGUGUUCUUGAGCUGAAGGAGUUCCAGCAGAAGUAUGAUCUCAUCAACAAGUCUACUAAAGCGCGUGCCGAUCUCAAUGCCAAUAUCGCCUCGACUCUACAGGCUGGAUGUUUCCUCGGUUGUUUCAUUGCUUCCUGGAUGGCCGACAAGUAUGGCCGCAGGUGGACGCUUCAGCUUGCCGGUCUUGUCACCAUCGUUGGUUGUGUCAUACAGGCCGCUGCCUCCGGUAGCAUCGAAGCCAUGUACAUCGGUCGUCUCGUUGCUGGUCUCGGUGUCGGUGCUGCCUCCAUGGUCGUCCCUCUUUACAUCUCCGAAAACGCUCCUCGUGCCAUCCGUGGUGGUCUUACAGGUCUCUACCAACUGUUCAUCGCCACUGGAACGUGUCUGGCCUUCUGGGUCAACUACGGUUCGCUGUUGCACAUUUCCGGCAGCCAGGCUGUCUACAUUGUCCCCCUUGCUCUCCAGGCUCUUCCUGCUGUCCUCCUCUGGAUCUGCAUGGCCCUGAAUAAGGAAUCUCCUCGUUUCCUCGCCAAGCAAGACCGCUGGGAGGAGGCCACUUCAGUUCUCGCCCGCGUCCGUAACUUGCCUGCGUCCCAUGAAUACGUUGCCGCUGAGCUCAAGGAUAUUGCCGACCAGCUCGAGCAUGAGCGUAUGCUCAUCGCCGGUGCUACCGUCAAAGAUUUGCUGAAGGAGAUGUUCACCAUCCCCGGUAACCGAAAGCGUGCUCUACUGUCCAUCGGCCUCAUGAUCUGCCAGCAGAUGACUGGUACUAAUGCUAUCAACUACUACGCACCCCAGAUCUUCAAGGCGCUCGGUCUCGAAGGCAACGAGGUCAAGCUCUUCGCUACUGGCAUUUACGGAAUUGUGAAAAUGAUUGCCUGUCUGGCCUUCUUGAUCUUCGCAGCUGACUCUCUGGGUCGUCGUCGUUCGCUUCUCUGGACCUCAGUUGCACAGGGUCUCGCCAUGCUCUACAUCGGCCUCUACAUGCGCUUUGAUCCCCCAGUGCCGGGCAAGGCUGUCCCUGGUGCUGGAUACUUUGCUCUUGUCUGUGUAUUCCUCUUCGCCGGUUUCUUCCAGUUCGGCUGGGGUCCCGUGUGCUGGAUCUACGUCUCUGAGAUCCCUGCCGCGCGUCUUCGAUCGCUCAACGUCGCUAUCGCUGCUGCAACCCAAUGGCUAUUUAAUUUUGUUGUAGCUAGAGCGACGCCCGUGAUGAUGACAACUGUGGGCUUCAAUGGUUACGGUACUUUCCUCAUCUACGGAUGUUUCUGCUUUUCCAUGUUCUUCUUCGUCUGGUUCCUCGUUCCCGAGACCAAGGGUCUGUCCCUCGAGAAGAUGGACGACCUGUUCGGUAUCACCGAGCUCAUCAAGAACAUCGAGGCUGACCGUGAGGGCCGCGCCUCCAUGACUGAAGUCGGAAUCGACGGUAAGGAGGUCAUCCGUGAGGAGCGCAAGGAGGUCGCACCCAACACUCACUGA